GUAAUCACUGAGUACUGGAUUCGUUUAUUAAAUUUGAAAGAUUCACGAACAAUCGUUUCUAAGUUUUUUUGUAAGAAAAAAGGUUCCUAAGCUCUCAAUCUCUGUGUGAUGGUGUAAUGUGUUAUUAUUUCUGUGCCACAAAUCAUCUAAGCUGUCAUUUAACAAUCGUUGUGUGACAGUGAUUCUCAUCAAAAGGCUCUCUACACUCAUUUAGAUUUGCAUGAGCUUUGAUAUCAGAUGAUGAGUUGCUCUUUCUUUAUGGCUUCGUGUCUGAGUCCUCUAUUGAAUUGCCAACGUCCAUGAUUAAAAGAGCAGCAGGAGAAACACCUCCUUCACUAUAUAGCAGCAGAACUGGACCAAACUUAUUUUUGGAUUACUAUAGAAAUCAAGUAGCAGGGCUUGUCCCAAGAAGAGAAUUGACCCUCAAAAUGUUGACUAACUUACCAACAUGCUGCAGCAAGUUGAGAAACUCCUUGACAAUAUUGCCACCACAUCCAUGUUGGUCAUAAUCACUAAGUCUUCUCCAGCUUUGAAUAUUUGAAUAUUUGAGAGUUAACUAAUUUGAGAAUAUUUACUUCCAGAAUCCUCCAAAUAGGAUUAAACGGGUUUUCAUUUGAAAUUAAGAGUUUGAUUAUAGUGAAAUCUUCAUUUUUGAGUUAUUUCUUUGUCGUAAGAGUGAAGGAUUGUAAAUAAUUUGGCAAUUAAUCACAGCCGUCACCAUGUCAACGUUAUUGUAUUUAUCCACAACUUGAUAAUGAUAAAUCCAUUAAUUGACUUAAAAUCUUUAGUUCAAUAACUUAAAAAUGUAAUAAACACACUAAGAUGCGUGAAUGAGUUCGGAAAAUAGCUCCAUGCAUAAUGCAUCUCUUGACUUUGAAUCCAUGAACCAUCUUUAUCUCUUGCGUGUUAUGUUAGUCUCUUAAUUGUAUGUUAAUCACUAUAAACUACAACUUGGUCUUAUAGUCAAAUCGAAGACCAAGACUCAUAAUCACGAAGUCUUCUCCAGCUUUCAAUAUAAAUAGUACGAAACCCUAAAGGUAAUUUCAAUCACAAAACAUCUCAAAUAACAAAUCAAAAACAUCAAAGUUAUAAUGUCUUCUCGACAAUCAGUUAGGCACCCGAGUCACAACCAUCCAUUGCGCAGUCACAAAUGCGAAGCAAAAGACGAAAUCAUCUGCUCAGGCUGCGAUCUCGAUCUGAUUGGUGCAGCUUUCAAAUGCACAAAAUCAUCAGACUGCGAUUACUUCUUGCACAAGUCAUGUUUUAGCCUUCCACGUGAAACCAACCACAAAUCUCACCAACCCCACUGUUUGACUUUACUCUAUUCCCCAAAGUCGACGUACACGUGUCAGGCUUGCGGUGAGUACGGAUCAAGUUUCACUUACAACUGUUCGAUCUGUCAGUACGAUGUACAUGUCGGAUGCGUUUCAAUGCCUGAAACCGUGAAGCGUGAAGAUCACGCACAUCCGCUCACUCUUCUUUACAGUUCUCCUUAUACCGAACCCGGUUUAGUUUUCACCUGCGAUGUUUGUAAGGAAACCGUACCGGAUAAUCUCUGGGCGUAUUACUGCAUGGAAUGCGAUUACGGUACACAUUUACACUCAUGUGCGAAAGAGGAAGAAGAGGCAAAGAAAGGAGAAGGAGAAGGAAGCAAAAGCUCGGCGAAUCAAGAGCUAGCUGCAAUGCUCGAAGCUCAAAGAGAGAUGGAGAAUAUGCAGAUUGAGAUUCACUUGGCCAUGCAGAGUGCUUUGUUCGCGAAAAAGGCGAAUAAGGCAGCUCUCAGUUAUAUCUAGUUUUAAGAAUUUGUGAUCCAUUUGGUAUUAUCUUCACUUUCUCAAUUUACUCGUAAUAUUUUAUUUUAUUUUUACUUGUUUGUUUUUCCUUGAUUUCGUGUUUCCAAGCUUUCAUGUUGUUGUCCUUUUCUUUGUAAUUGUUAUCUGAAAUUAAUAAAAGCGAGAAGUGUUGUUGCUUCCUCAACCUUUGACCAUGUGAUAACAUGUUGAUAUCUUUCUCAUAGACUUAUAUCUAUACUUCAAAAACUAGAACACUAUAUAAACCAUGCCAUGAUGAUAAUCUAAUAUUUCGAAAUCAUUAAUUUGAAGAUAAGGGUUUUAUUAGGGGCUAUAUGCCAUAUCCAGUUUUAUAUAGCUGCCGUAAGAGUCAAAAAGCAUCUAUAACUAUGCAGCGUUGUAGUUUUUAUCCUCCAUCUUGUAAGUGAAAAUUUGAAUUUCAAAAAUCUUUAGUUUCAGUUGGUUAGAACUUUGCAACAAAUUCGUUUUGGUAUGACACUUGGACAGAUGUGGGAUGCCUAUCUGACUUGGUAAGAGCAAGAGGUUGUAUUGAGAUGGGUAUCAGAGCAAUAGCUUCAGUGUCCUCAGCUGUAGCGCAUAGGAAAAGAACACACCAGGUGGAGAUCUAUAAUAUGAUCGAGACAGUCUUGGAGGACCAAACGUCCAUGAUGACUGAUACAGCUGAUGUCCCCUUAUGGAAACAAAAAGAAGACACAUACCGGCCCCAAUUUAGCAACAAACGAACCUGGAGUCUCAUUCGACAGGUGCAUCUGACAGUGCAAUGGCAUUUCGGGAUAUGGUUUCAGUAUGCAACCCAAAAAAAUCUGCUUUCUACACUAUGAUAGAACUGUAGCCAAUGCUGGUGUUCUUAAAGCAUGAAUAAUCCUGAUCUCUUAUUUGGGGUUCUUAACUCAUGAUUUGACACUUUUCGGCUAAGAGACGUUUCUUAUAAGAGAUAUAAAAGACGUCUCUUAUAUCUUUUAUUUAAGAGACGAUUUUUAACUUUUUUUUAGUUAAAAGCUAAGAAACGUCUCUUAUCCAAAGUUAAGAACCUCAGUUAAGAGACCGGGAUUAAUCAUGGUAUUUAUGUUCUAAUUUGAAAAAACUAAAACUGGUAACAGAUUCAGUGAAAAUUCUGAUUUGAUUGAUAUUUGUGUUAGUGCAUGGUUAAUCGAGUGCAUGGUUAAUCGAGCUGCGUUCUUUUGAAAUUACUUAUACAGUUUAUUUCAUAAUGUAGCGUCGAGUUUAAGUCACAGGGAAAAAAAGUUUUAAGUCACAGAAUCAGGGAUACAAGAGUCUCUUAUUAUUGUUUCAAUCAAACGUGUGGUGCUCAGAUAUUGACAUAAACCCGUUCAAUAUGAUUGUGUAUCUAUGUUAAUAAUUAGAUUUGGAAAAGUUUUAUAUAUUUGAGAAAAUUCUUUCUUCGGCAGGUAAGACUAAACGACAAGUGGGGCAAAAGCGGCUGUUCUUGAGCCAUUCCAAGAUGCAUCCGGUGUGGAAGUGAUGCUGACAUGGCAAAGUAGAGGCAGCUGAUCCAACCGGCAAGUCUUCUAAACAGAUUGCGCAACAGAUCUUCUCCUCUAUCCGUGAUAUCUUUAAACUUCUUACUGCACUCUCACUCGUAGGCUCAAAGUGUAUUUGAUGAAUGGCAAUAUCAGCACGGGGAAAGGUAUACCUCAGGGUUUUGUCGUCAUCCAUAUAAAAUCCGAGCGACAUGCUUCCAGCCCUCCUCAUGAUCAACUACGAUAGAGUCGGAGUCCCAAACUCCGUCGUAUUGAUCAGCCUUGAUGAUCCGAUGGUCCUGAUCGAUUUUGAUGCCCCUGCGAAUGUUGUGAUAGUGAUCAACCCUCACCAAGACAUUCAUAUACAGCGUUAACAAUCCACCUGACCGACACUUGAAGAGAAUGAGUUCAUUAUAAAGACAAUUCUGUAACGACCCGAUUUUCUUAACUGGAUCAUGCUUGAUUUUUCUCUUUAAUUAAUUUGGACCAAACCAGUUAUAUUGCUUUUUGGU